AGGAUCAACGCCAGACCGGAAAAUAGAAGAGAAUUUCACAAGAGUUAUUCUUCUUUGCCACAUAGACUAUCUUUGGUGAAGCAGAAGAGGUUGUGGUUGUCCGCUGUCCUUUAAGGACAUUACCCCCUGUUAAAAUUCAACCCAAGAGGUUCGUUCAUAAAGUCAUAUUCGCUUUCAGCCGGCAGCAUCCUUACAGGAGCUGGAAGUGGACGGAGAAGAAGGAGGUGCUGGCAGUUGGAGGGGUUAAAGGAAUGAAGAUAUAUUGGCAGGACCAAUGACAGAGAGGAGAGUGUGGGGUAGAUAAUCAGCACUGGAGAGACGUACACUGUGACUUAACACAGUCUGCCCUCCAGUUUCUGUUAUGGAGCAAGAAGAAGUGACAGCCAGGGUGGAUACCACCUCACAGCUGAUGUGCAGGAUACAGCGUCCGGUUUAUGAUGAAGCUUUUAUCCGCUCGCAUCUUCUCAGCCACAAAGAGAAAUCCACUACCCUCCGACAGAAGCUGGCACACCAGUUCCGGUGUUCGUCAAAGAGGGCCAAGGCAGCAGUUCUGAGCACUCUGCCUAUUCUAACAUGGCUGCCAUCCUAUCCAGUCAAGCAGUACCUGUUUUCAGAUGUAGUCUCAGGUCUCAGCACAGGAGUUGUGCAGCUCCCUCAAGGUCUAGCUUAUGCUAUGCUGGCUGCUGUGCCUCCGGUCUUUGGUCUGUACUCUUCUUUCUACCCUGUCCUGCUCUACACCUUCUUUGGCACGUCCAGACAUGUAUCAAUAGGCACCUUCGCAGUUAUAAGUCUGAUCAUUGGUGGCGUUGCUGUGAGGGAAGCCCCAGACUCUAUGUUUUACAUCCAUCCUGCAAAUGGAUCCAAUGCGUCUGCUUUCCUGGAUGAGGAGGCUCGUGAUGCCAGGAGGGUCCAGGUGGCUGUGGUGCUCACAACCCUGGUGGGAAUCAUUCAGAUUAUCUUAGGACUUCUCAGGUUUGGCUUUGUGGCGAUCUACCUCACGGAGCCCCUGGUGCGAGGCUUCACUACAGCAGCAUCCAUACAUGUUUUCACCUCCCAGCUGAAGUACCUGCUGGGAGUGAAGACACAACGUUUUAGUGGGCCUCUCUCAGUUAUUUAUAGCAUCAAGGCAGUAUUCAGUGAGAUCGCCAGCACCAAUGUUGUCAGUCUUAUCCUGGGCCUCGUGUGUCUCAUCUUCCUGUACUUGGUCAAAGUUCUCAAUGAACGUUUCAAAAAGAAACUGUCCGUUCCCAUUCCUGGAGAGAUUAUUGUGGUCAUUGUGUCGACUGGUGUCUCUUAUGGCCUGUCCUUAUCAGAAGACUACGAAGUGGGUGUGGUUGGGACGAUACCAACAGGGCUUCUCCCCCCUGCUGUGCCAGAGUUCUCUCUGUUACCCAGUUUGGUCACAGACUCCUUCGCUAUAGCAGUUGUAGGAUUCUCAAUGGACAUGUCACUUGCCAAGACCUUUGCCCUGAAAUAUGGCUACAGUGUGGAUGGCAACCAGGAGCUCAUUGCCCUUGGCCUGUGUAACUUCAUCGGCUCUUUUUUCCAAACCUUUGCCGUCACUGGUUCCAUGUCAAGGAGCCUGGUGCAGGAGAGCACAGGAGGAAAAACACAGAUUGCAGGGUUUCUGGCAUCUCUCGUGGUGCUGGUGGUGGUGGUGGCCAUUGGCUUCGUCUUCCAGUCACUCCCUCAGACUGUGCUGGCUGCCAUCAUCAUGGUUAAUCUGUUGGGAAUGUUCAAACAGUUCAGAGACAUUCCUACUCUGUGGAAGACCAGUAAGAUUGAACUGUCCAUCUGGCUGGUAGCCUGUGUAGCUUCUGUUCUUUUGGGUCUGGAUUACGGCCUCCUGGUGGCCAUCACAUUUGCAAUACUCACAGUCAUCUACAGAACACAGAGUCCCACAUCCGCCAUCCUGGGCCAUGUUCCUGGGACAGGGCUGUACUGUGAUGUGGAUGAGUAUGAAGAAGCUGUUGAAUAUGAGGGGAUUAAGAUUUUCCGCUCCAACUCUUCAAUCUACUUUGCCAACAGUGACCUUUACGUGAAGGCCCUCAAGAAGAAGACAGGAGUAAACCCUGAACACUUACAAGCUGCUUGGAAAGCCCAGAAAAGAAAGAGGAAGGCAAGCAGCAAGCACAAGUUUCCACUGAAGAUGUGUGUGAAGUACAAAAAGGAGGGAUUGACCCAUGAGGUUAUGCCCGGUAACCACAUGGCAGAGGAGCAGAGAAACAAACAGUUGGAGGACAAACACAGUGAGUCCAACUCAGAGGAGGCCAUCUUCCUUGGACUUCUUAGCACUGUCCACUCAAUCAUCCUGGACUGGACGUCCGCCAACUUCACUGACUCUGUGGGAGCCAAAGCCAUCAAACAGGUCAUUAAGGAAUACGCAGAUGUGGAUGUCCGGGUGGUCAUAGCAGGCUGCAGCAGAAGCCUAUUGGUUCAGUUGGAUACCCUACAGUUUUUCACUGGAAACAUGACCACAGCCAUGGUGUUCCCCACAGUUCAUGAUGCCGUGCUGUACUGUCAACACAAAUUGCCACCCAGCAGCGGCUCCAACCAAUUGAAUGAGCUGACAGGAAGUGACACAUGUAACCAAGAAGAACCAAUCACAGCAGCAGUGCCUUUGACUCAGACAACAGAUAUGGGAGGUCCCACAACCUACCUGUAGGAGCAAUGAACUCCUCUCCGGAUGUUCGAGCAUGACAGCAGAAAUGUACUCAACAAUCGUUCAUAUUGAAUAGAGGAGUAGGAUAGGUGUGUGCUUCUCCUCUUGUGAAGCACCCAAAGCAGCGAAAUACACUGCCGUUUCAUGAGGAUUUAUCCAAUCAGAAAAUAAAGAUCAAGUUUACAGCUGUAUUCCUAUGCAUACUCUCUGAAGAGGGGAUUCUAUAAGCUGCACUUUGUACUUAAAAAAAUAAAUGUAUGUGCUGCUCUUAUUCCAGUGACACUGAAAGAGUGAUUAUCUAAGAGUCCAGUUUGUGGUAGUGGUUGAGAGCAGAAGCUGCCUCUCAUCAUCAUGCUGGUAUCAAAUGUUUAUGACUGAGAAGUUGUCCUGAUGAAUAUGUGAGUAUUAUAUAUUCAGCUGUAUUUGUUUAACUAUUUAGACAAUCAAAAAUGAUCAUAGUUGGGUCAGUCUGUAGGGUCAUGUUUGUUGUUAUAGUACCUUUACACUGCUGUUUUGAGUUUGAACACUGUGUAUUAUACAUUGUCAUUUGACAUUUUAGUAAACAAGUUUUCCUAUUUUAAAAAAA